GGCACGGGGGCCUGCUCGCCCGGGAGGGGCUGUCCCUCCCCUGGUCCUGCCGGCGGCCGUGUGGGGGCAGCCUGGGGAGAGUGCCGGCCAAGGGCGGGUGGUCUGCGGUCACCAGUGUGGGGCUGAGCCCGGGCCCGGUGCGCCCCCCCUGGCCGUGUGGCCGUGGCGAGGUGUCCACCUGCCGUGUCCUCUGCCCCCGCCUGCCCAUCCCGUGGUGCCAGGUGACCCCUGGGUGAAGGCCGCCACUGUGGCUUCUCCUGCCCCUUGCCCGCGGCCCCUCCCCCGGCCGCCUGGGGCAGUUGUGGGGCCUCCGUGGGAUUCUCUGCCCCUUUUGCUCAACUUGGGCAGAGGACACGUCCCGCUCAGGGGGAGGGAGCAGCAGGCAGCUGUGGCCGCUCGGGCCCCGCGGGGCCGGGGUGAGCUCGGGCCUGGCCCUCCCAGCCGGGCCGCAUCCUCGCUGGACGCCAUGUGACAACGCUGUGAGUCCCAGAGCAGGAAGCGGCACCGGGAGGCCACAGGCCCAGCCACCGAGAGCGGCCUCUUCCGCCUCCUUCCCGGAGCCUCCGAGCGGAGGAAAGAGGGUCUACGUUUCUUCUUUGUGGGUGCAGCACAGGUCUUCCCAGGGGGCUGGGGGGAACCCUAACAUUUGUGCGGGGGGUGGGGUUCCCCAGGCUCCCAUGUUAGCUGUCAGCCAUGGCCAGGCACUGAGGAAGCCUGGGACCCCACAGCCUGCUCUGCACCCCCAGCCCCCAGGGGCAGCCCCCCACUUCCUGUCCCCCCCGCUUCUGCCCGUCCCCUCCCCUCCCGCCCCCCCCAGGCGUUCUGCUCAGCUGGCAGGGGCAGGGGCAGGGGCAGGGUCUUCUCCUCCUGGCUCCUGCCUCGUCGGGCUGUGGGGCUUCCCUGACGUCGUGUGUGACUAGAUUCUGGCUGGAGAAGUGGGCCCAGCCGCUCCGGUGAGAUCCUCAGUGUGGGCGCAUCACUGGCCACUUCAUUCCUCCGUUUCCGGCCCCGUGCGCACCGUAGGGGGGCAGGUUUGCCGGGAAGGCCAAUCGCUGCCCCAUGUGUGCUGGCUGAGAGCGUCCCCCAUCGGUGCCAGCCGUGCACUCAUCAGUUAAUCACCGCGCCCGCGGUUUGGGCACAUCCGGGGCCAUCUGCUCCCGGUUCUCUCUAUCCGGGUCAUCGAGGACCGCAGCAGCCUCCGAGCACACUGACCAGGCGCGGUGGCCGCAUUGGCGCCUCCCCAGGCCUGCACAGGUGGCGUGGCCUGGGCUCCUGCCAGCGGGCCCUCGGCCGUCCCUGCCGGUCAAUGCGAGGCGCAGCGGGGGCUCCUGCACACUCCCUCACCACGGCCCCAUCGCGGCCCCUUCCCCUCCUCCGUGCCGUCCUCAGGGCGCCUCCCUGUCCUGGUGUCCUUUAGCACUGGGCGUCCUGGCCACCUCCUGCCCCAGCACCCCUAUCUCCCCCUUUCCAUGAUGGCCUGUGUCGGGGGCAAAGCUCCUCAACCUUCCUGCCUGUCCCCUGGGGUUGGGCGAGAACUGAGGAGCCAGCCUGAGUGGGAAGCACGUGCUCACUCGGCGGUGCUCACCAUCCUCACCCUCCUGCCCUCGCAGCCAGGGGCGCAGAGCUCUGCACUUCCUCGUGGCAGCCCCAGCCACUGCCCCUCCCCGUCACCGGCCUGUCCGUGCAGAGACGCCAUUUUCCUGUUUCCCCUGGACGUGGGCACUGUUGGCCCCUCACACAGGCCAGCCCUUUGCUGACUGUUCUCCCCUCUGACCAGCUGCAUCUGCCCCAAACGUGCAUCAGGAUAAAUAAACUGACCCCCACCCGCCCUGCAGCCCCUGCUCCCUGAACGGGCCCCUGAGCUUGGAUGGGCUCUGUUUGCUGCCUCGGCUGCUGGCGCCCAGGGCCUGGGAGCACUCGAGGCCUCUUGGGGCCACAAGUCAUUCCCCUCACUGCUGUCACCCCAGAUCCUGCCCCGCGGGCUCUGCAGCAGGGCCAAGGAGGGGGCCCAGAGAGCUCCUUCCGUCUGCACCCGAGGGUGGACCACACCUUGGCUGGGACACCUUCCCAGCCCCUGCCUUUCCGGGCCUCGGGAGGCAGGUCCGUGGGCGCCGACAAUGGGGGUGGGAGGAAAAGCUCGAUGCACUGCUCUCGGGUGUCAUCCACGAGGCCCCAGCGCAUGUGCCGAGGAGCUGCAGGUGCAGCACAUGGGGCUGUGGUCCAGGCCAUGGGUAACUGCUGGACCUGGGGGCGGGCACGGCCAUGAUCCCCCAGCUCCGCUGCUCAGGAGGCCUGCCGGUGGCACCGUUUGGGGGUGCACAGGACGGCCCAACGUGAAGGUGCUGGGGAGCCCACAAGUCACUCGCCCUGCAGCUGUCUGCGGGGCCACGGGGGCGGCCAUGGUGCCCACAGGAGGCCCCAGGACCACCCCAACGUGUCAGCCAGCUCUGCUUCCUGCUGGCCCCAGUGGCACCUUUGCCUGUCCAGGGCCAGAUGGUGAAAGGUUAAGGCUGUGCCGGCCCCGCGGUCCCCAUGCCAGCUGCUCACCCUGCGGUCCUGGCUGGGAGGAGACGUGUUGUCACGUGAAACCUUUCCACCCCCAGCAGUGUGCCCGCGUGAGCCUGCAGACCCCAGCCCGAGCCCCCUCUCUGCAGCCCCUGCCGCCUGCCCGCGCCCCCCGAUGGCCCCGUCCUGCCCCUCGGGCCCGCGGCUACGGCACAGAGACACGAGGGCCCUGGCUGGGGCGGGGAGGGCGGCGAGCCGCGUGCUUCCGAGCCGCCGCGUUCUGCCCGUUGGGUUUAAUCGGCCGGUCCUGAUGUGGAGCAUGUUUUGAUUCUGGCAAAAACGUUUCAGUGAAACACACUGGGAGUGUUGAGACUGGAGAUCCCAGGAGCCCCUCUCUGGCGAAGUGCGUGCAGCUUUAUUUAUUCCAUUUCAUAAAGCGGCUGCAGAAGCCGCAAGCGUGUGUCGUGCGUGCUCCUCGUCGGCAGAGCUUUCCACAUGCCGGGCACGUUCAUGGGGGCAGCGUGCCCGCCUGAUUUGUUUCUUCAAUUUAUUUAAUUAAAAUAGAUUAUGGUGGAGCUGGCUGCGUGGACAAACGCAGGAACUCCCAAUUUAAGACUGCAGCAGCUCUGAAAUGACUCCUGGCUCCUGGCUUAGGGGGAGCGCACGCUGCAGCCCCCCGUUUCCCUUUCCUCCUCGCGCUGGCCCCGUUCGUGGGUCUCCUGGGCCCGAGAGCAGCAUUAUCCUGACCCUCAGUACUCGCUGGGCUGGAGUCUUUUCCCUUAUUUGCCCGUGUACUUAUGUAUUUACCUAUUGCUCUUUAUAUAAAGAACUUGAGAUGACUGCACUUUAAACAAAACAGAAAGUCCUGAGACAGAACCAAAAGGUCACCGUGUGUUAGAGGAUGAGGGCAGCUGAAAGGGAAGGAUGCGUUUGAGGGUUGCUGAGCGGCUGACGGGGGCUGCUUGUGAGGCCCGAGGGGCGGCCGAGGGGGCUGGUGUCAGCCAUGCCCCCCACCCCUGGCGAGAGGCCGCCCUUCUGCCUCCAGAGCUGCGGGCUGCCCGGGCCUUUCCCUGCUUCUCUCGGGUUUUCCCUGCAGCCCUGGGAGUUCAGGGCCCUUCACCGUCGCAUGGUUGGGGUGAAGGGGAGCCCCUUAUCGCGCAGACAGGGGCCCUGGGACUCUGGCUUCCAGGUAGGUCCUCCAGCCGUGGUUCCCAAACUCAGCGCCUCGGCCACGUGGCAGGCAGCACGCGUGGAGUCCACGGAGGACUGUGCGUGAACGGACGGCGCUCAUGGAGGCCGCCCCCACCUCGGGAGCGCUUCUGAGCAUCAGGCCGGGACCUGACACGGGCACUCGUCGGAUCCCAAAGGGCUGGAAACUGCUGUCUCCAAAGCCUCCCAGCAUGGGCAGGUCUCUCCCCACGAGGAACAACACUGGCCGCCGUCCCCAGGAGAGGGGUCGCCUCCGCUCACAGCCACUCCUGUUGGGGCCCCUGCCCAGACGGGGAGCUCUGGGUUCAGGAGCCUCAGUGCCGGGCAGGGCCAGCCUUCUCUCUGGUUCUCUGACAUAUGUCACACACCCACGGGGGCCACGAGACCAGCAGGAGGAGGCCCAGCCAUGGUCAUCCCCUCCCUGCUAGCAAGGGACUUGGAGGGGGGAACCCCACUGACCUGCGGGAGCUCCUGCUUGUCCCGAGUUGCUGCUUGCCAGGAGGGUGCCAGGUCAGGAAGCAGCUUUUCACCACAGGACAGAAACAGCCGGCCUGAGGUCCCGGCACUA